CUCUUCCAUUGCAUCGUGUCUCUCUCAUGGUGGCCAAAAACUCCCUUCGUUGCCUUACCAAAGCAUACAAAUCAAUUAUCAAAACAUGGUUUCGUCGUAAUAAAACAUCAUCCUCAUCCAUCACCAAUGAUAAUCCACCACACCACCACAACCGGAUUCAACAGGAACAUGUUGUAGAUAACAACGAAUCGCGUAAAAAUAUGAAUGGAAUUCACAGCUCGGAAUUGAACAAUGAUUAUUUAAGUGACGACGAUCAAAUGGCGAGUUCAAGACUAGGAUGUUGUAUAUGUAGACAUAGAAGCUUAGAUAAUUCACGUUUACCUUCAAAUUCAAUGGCUUCUACGUCAAGAAACAACACAAAUGCAAGGAACAAAAAGAAGAUUAAUCAUCACACAAGAAGCAGGAGCAUGGAAAGCUUUGAUAAUUUUAUGGCUACACCUUCAUUGAACAGCAGUGGUAGUUUAAGAAUGCCUCAUCGUAUGCAGUCAAGAAAUGAUAGCAGCCGUAGGAGUGGAACUCCAAUUAUGUAUUCUAAUUCAUCUGGGAUGCUUAAACCCCCACCAAUUGAGAAAACUCUUGAAUGUACUCUUGAAGAGUUGUGUUAUGGUUGCAAGAAAAAUGUCAUGAUCACAAGAGACGUCCUCACAGAUGCCGGAGGGGUAGUUCAAGAGGAAGAACAAUUAACAAUAAAUGUACAAUCAGGAUGGACGAAAGGAACAAAAAUUACAUUUGUAGGAAAAGGGAAUGAGAGACCUGGUGCAUACACAGGAGACAUAAUAUAUUAUAUAUCAGAGAAAAAACACCAAUUGUUUAAAAGAGAAGGGGAUGAUUUGGAAUUAUGUGUAGAAAUUCCCUUACUAAAGGCACUUACAGGGUGUACAAUAUCAGUGCCAUUGUUGGGUGGAGAGCAUAUGAAUUUGACAUUAGAUGAUAUCAUACACCCUGGCUAUCAGAACAUUAUCAAUGGCCAAGGUAUGUCAAUCUCCAAAGAACCAGGGAAGAGAGGAAACUUAAGAAUUAAAUUUUUAGUUGAGUUUCCCACACAUCUCACAGAUAAUCAAAGAUCUGAGGUUUUUGGUAUAUUACAGAAUUCUUGUUAAUUAAUUGAAAGCUUUUUUUGAACACCAAGAGAAAUAUGUAAUGCCCUCUUUGUUGUUGAAUUAAGUUAACUUCCGAACCUUUAGAGCAACAAAAACCACUAAAGGAAAAUUACACUUUCAAGUUAGGGAAGUAAUACAUUUAAUGUGGAAACUGGAAUUAAAAAAAAAUAUAUGUGACCGUGAUUUGGACCGUAACAUCAAGAUUUUUGAUAGUUCUGUGACCUCAAUACGACUGAUGUAUUGGUUGCAUCAGUCAAUUUUUUAUUUAUUGUAAUUCUACUUUUUAUCAAGGAUUGCAAUGCGGGAGCGACUUAAAACCAUGGUGGAAACUCUAGGCUGUAUAUCGGUUUAUCGAGUAAGUAGUAGGUUUAUCAAAUAUCAACAACUAAUUUUCUUUUACCAAGCAUAGACCUCGUUUAAUAAAUUUAUUUUGAAAAGUGGUUAGAACGAAACCAAUGUGCACAAUUAAUACAAUAGAAUAAGAACAAAAGGUAAAUCACUAGCAGCCACAUUUGAAAACAAAUUAAA